CUCCCUCGUUCAACAAAAUGCACAGCCUCUCUCUCCUCCCUCUCUCGUCGCCGCCGAUCCGUCCCCUGCCAGCGCCGCCGCUCCGGCGGCGGCCCUCUCUUCUCUCCCUCUCUCCUCUCCCUCUCUCCCUCUUCUCUCUCCUCACGCCGCCGCCGCCCCCCUCUUUCUCUCCACCGCACCGCCGCCGUUGCUACCGCGGAUCCGCCACCGCCGCGGAUCUUCCUUCACCGCCGUCAUGCAGAGGCAGCGGCUUCGCCGCCCUCCUCCGGCAGUCCGGUUGUCUCCGUACAACAGUAGAUCGGUGCUCCCUUCCUCCUCAUCUCUCUCUCUUCUCUCCCCUCUUCACCGUCGCGCCACCAUCGCCGCUGUGGAUCGCCGCCGUCGCGGGUUCGCCUCAGCCGCCGUCGCGGAGGAUCUCCCCCCUCCAGCCGCCGACGCCGAUUUCCGAGAGGUAUAAUCGGUUCAAGUUCGUGGCCGUCCGCGCUGAAGUGCUCGAUUUUCUUAGAACGCAUGAUGUAUAGAUUAAAUUUUGUUGGACUUUUUGGUUGGAUGUAUCGGACAUUAAAAUUUUAAAUAUUGAGAUCUUAUUUAUUUAUUUAAA